AUGGCGGCAAACCUCGUUGGCAUGGCGUUUAUUCCAUAUUAUGACAAUUUAAUGAAUAUACUGAAGACAAACCCAGAGCUCCAUAAAACCGCGAAAGGGAUGUUCAAGCAGGUAGCUUGGGGUGCUGCAGGGACUAUUGCAGGAGCUACAGUUGGGGGUCCAUUUGGGGCCAUGAUUGGAGGAAUCGCAGGUUCAAUGAUUGGAUACAGAAUGAGUGAUGACUACCAAUCAUUGAUUGAUGCCUUGCAAGAUCUGUCUGAAGAAGAUAAAGCUGAGUUAGUAAGACGUGUUCAGGAACUGGUCGGGGCAGCCUCAAUAGAAGCACUGACAAGAUUUAUUGGCGUGCAAGCACAGCGAUCUGCCUUACUUGAUAUUUUGAGAUCUGCAGCAUCAGAAUUUGCUAAAGGAGGUUGA